GCGGACCCGGUGGGAGUGCGCGCGUCGGGUCACGUGAGAGGUUUAGUCCGCACUCUCCAGGGGGCAGCCAUUUUCUUAAAAGCUGUGCAGCUCCCGACACUUUAAAAGUACUCAGAUGAGAAAUCUAGGGUGGCUUCGGGUGUAGUUAUCGACUCUGUGAGGUAAAAAGAAAAGGCUUCUCACCACCCAGACAAGCGGGUAUUUAGUUCUAAAGUGUCUCCCUCCUCCCACGUCCUCCAGUGUGUAUGUUUCCUUUGUUCUUAGAACGGAUGAAGAAACGCAGAAAUAGGGCCGAAGCCUAUUAAAGAUGUGCUUCCGGCAGCGAGUCCUAGGACAGAAGUGUUAACCAUAUAAAGUCUAUCUGCGAGAAUGGGGUCCUGGUGCUUUAAGGGCGCGUGCCAAGGGGCGGAGUCUAGAGCGGAAGUUGUAAAUCAGGGCUGAAGUCCAGCUAAUGAAGGGCGGAAGUAGAGUGUCCAGUGCGGCAAUUAUGGCGCAGGAAGAGGAAGAUAUUCGAGAUUACAAUUUGACUGAAGAGCAGAAGGCGAUCAAGGCCAAGUAUCCUCCAGCCAUUCGGAAGUACGAGUAUUUGGAUCAUACAGCAGAUGUCCAGUUACAUGCAUGGGGAGAUACUCUGGAGGAAGCAUUUGAGCAAUGUGCAAUGGCCAUGUUUGGUUACAUGACAGAUACUGGGACUGUGGAGCCUCUGCAAACAGUAGAAGUAGAAACCCAAGGAGAUGACUUACAGUCUCUUCUGUUUCACUUUUUGGAUGAAUGGCUUUAUAAGUUCAGUGCUGAUGAAUUCUUCAUACCCCGGGAAGUGAAGGUACUUCAAAUUGAUCAAAGAAAUUUCAAAUUACGGUCAAUUGGGUGGGGAGAAGAAUUUUCAUUGUCCAAGCACCCUCAGAUUUUAUUCAUUCAUGAUAGAGAGAAGCAGAGACACAGGCAGAGGGAGAAGCAGAAGCAGGCUCCACACUGGGAGCCCGAUGCAGGACUAGAUCCUGGGACUCCAGGAUCGUGCCCUGGGCCAAAGGCAGGCGCCAAACCGCUGAGCCACCCAGGGAUCCCUAAGUUCUUUGUUGUUGGAAAACCAUGUUAAAGUGAUCUGAAUUUUUCAAAAUAGGUAACUUUAAAAAAAUGAAACUUCUUUUGUUUGAUUUGCAACAUUAUUCUUUUCUCUGUUGGCUGUUGCUGCAUUCUUUGUUGCUACUACAAGAGUUUGCAAAGUUGCUAUUUAUUCACACAUACAUAGAAAAGAUUGCCACUGGGUGGUGCCAGAUAUCAUUAUAGCCAGCUAAACUUGAUCUAAAAGGAAGGGAUGGUCUGUGAGCUUUACUAAGUGUUCUGAGCCCUGUGAUACUUUUCUCUGGGUAUUUAACAGAAAGUAGAGGUAAUGGAGACUAGACCAAGAGCCAUGGUUUAAAUAGUAACUCUUAAAAUGAAUACAUACCUUUUUUUAGGAUGAAUUCCCAGGCUGACAUAGGGCUAUCUUCAUGAACCCCUUUGAACAUCAUGGACCAUUUGGGGCAUUGAUUGUGAAGCUGAGCAGUGGGAUAUUGUGAGUCCAGUAGAAGAGCUGAAACCAGAUAGGAAGAACUCUUGGGAUGUAUUAAGCCAAGUAGGACACAAACUUGACUACGAAAAAAAAUAGCCACACCUCUUACCACCAGGGCUGUAUAAUGGGGUUCUAAAAGCAAGUCAAAUGUAAUUAUGCAAUAUAAAUUAUAUUCCUUUUCAUUUAUAAUAAAUUUGUAAUUUUUAAAAAUUUUA